UUCAAAUCUCUGCUCGAGACCAAACCCUAACCCUAAUUUAACCCCAACUCCAAAUCCAAACCCAGACCCAAACCUUCUUUCCCCGCUCGAUCGAUCCAAUCCGUCGAGGAGAGAGAGGGAGAGGGAGAGAGAGAGCGCUUUCGGGGGUAGAAAAGGAGAUGUCCCACGUCGAAGCAGAGCUGCAACACGCCGUCUCCGAAGACGAAGAUUUCGACGACGACGAGAGCGACAGCGAAGACGGCGACGAUGGUGCCGAAGGCGGGGACGCUCUUGCGAACCAGCCUCAGAAAUCUCCUCCUGCAGAUGAACCCAACGCCUCUGCGAUGCCCGUUGACGCUCCAGACCCUAUUCGUAGUGUCGAUCCUACCGUUGCUCCCCGUAACGGUGCGAUACCUAUCCAAGUUGUCUCCUUCCCCGCCGUAACCUCCGAUGCUGCCUUGUUUACGGCCUCGACAUCUGUCCCCGUCCCCGUCUCCACGGCCGACUUCAGCAGGCCUCUAACGGUCGUUACCUACGAUGAGUCCCGCCGGCUUUUUCAGCGGCUUUGGACCGACGAGGAGGAGAUCAAAAUCCUGCAGGGUUUCCUCCAGUUCACCUCCAAGCGGGGAACCACGUUUGCGUCUCACCAGUAUGAUACGGGUCCCUUCUACGAGGAGAUCAAGAAGGAGCUCCGUUUCGAUUUCACCAAGAACCAGCUUAUCGAGAAACUUCGCCGGCUGAAGAAGAAAUACCGGAAUUGCGUCAGCCGGAUGCGAUCCGCAGGGAAAGACUUCGCCUUUAGAAGUGUUCAUGAGCGGGCAAUCUAUGAUAUCGCCCGCAACAUCUGGAGUGUCAACGCAAAGAGGACGCAAGAGAGCGAUGACGAAGACCUUAAUAAUCCUAAUAACACCGUUUCCAAUGAGAUAUAUACGGUUCCCAUCAAUCAGGGCUCUUUCGGUUAUGAUAGUAUGACGAGAUCCAGAAAGCGCAGGAGAGGGAGAACGCUAGAAGAAGAAGCUGGGACUGCUGUGGCACCAGUAGUGGGAGCCGUCGCAGACAAUGCCACUCCAGUAAACCCGGUAGCUGCAUCCGUGGUUUCAUCAGCUGCUACGCCGACUCCGAGCGCCAUUGAGGCGACUGUGAAAAGUUGUCUUUCACCAUUGUUUAAGGAGCUGAUCAAUUCUUCCAUUGGAGGACCAUUUUCUCCAGGUUUUGGUGGGACAUUGCCAUUGAACCUGCUGCCCAUGAGCCUUGGAGGUAGUUCUUUGGUGGGCUCAGGGGCGCCUGUGGAUGACCAAUGGCGAAGGCAGCAGAUUCUGGAGCUGGAGGUUUACUUGAAGCGGAUUGAGCUCGUAACAGACCAUGUCAAAUCAAUGUUGGAGGAGCUCAAGUCUGUAUCCAGCUGAUUACAGGUCUAUUCCAUCCUGCCUGUUCCAACAAAAUGACAAAGUGAAGAUGACAAAAGCUGAGUUGGCAGCUUUAGUGAAAGCCAAUAACGAAGAUCCACGUGGAAACCACUGAAUCUAUCAGGAUUGAUUAUGAUUUUGAUCGCUUACCAAAUUGGAUGCUCUAGAACGCAUACAACAAUGGUAUUCCCUAUUUCUCUUGCUAAAAGCUUAUUCUGAUUCAACUUUAUCCAUACAGAUGAAUAGUAUGCUUUUGGGUCAAGCUUUUUCUGAUCAAAUAAGCCAAGCCAUUCUCAGGUUAUCCGACUGAAUCGGUUAUGUACAGUUUUAGAAAUAUUGCACAAAAACAAUGCCACAUAGAAGUAGUAGAUGUUUCCAAUGCAAUGAACUGUUUGUCUUCUUGAGAACAGAAAGUUACAGAAUGAUUCCUCAGAUUUCUUUCCCAAUGAUAACAAAGGUAUCCCUUUGAGUUUUGGCUUUUCUGAUUGAACCAGCCAAACUGUUCUCGGUUUUUCCAAUUGAACCGGUUGUGUCCUGUUGUAUAAUACUGCACAAGAACAAUGCCACAUGGUACUAGUAGAUGUUUUGAUUCAACUAUUUACCUUAUUAGGAAAUACUGCAAGUUUCCAAUGUCAUAUAGUAGUAGUAGUAGAAGUUAUCGGGUUAUCCGAUUGAAUCUGUCAAACUGUUAUCAGGUUAUCUGAUUGAACCAAUUAUGUCCAGUUUUAGAAAUACUGCAGAAGAACAAUGCCACAUAGAAGCAGUAGAUGUUUACAAUGCAACUGUUUGCCUUGUUGGGAGCAAAUAGUUGUAGACAUCACAUUAACAAAUAACAGACAAUUCCACCAUUAAGUAAAAGACAAACACCAAUUCAUCCAUACUCCACAAAUUCAGAUCACAAAGCUGAUAACCAGACAUUAAAUUUGCCACCACUGCACCACAACCACCAUCAUCAAUCUCUAUCAUACCCUG